GAGGCAGAGUUUAAUUUAUUAAUUAUUAAUUUAUUAAGAUUAAUGAUGAUGAACUGAGCAGAACUCUGCAGAUCGCGUAGCUCCAUGUUUGUCCCUGCCCGGACUCCGUCCUUCCUGUUGAGGGUGUGGACUGUAAAGAUGACUUCACAGUAAUGGAGGAGCUUCUCUUCUCGGACUCUUACGUUAAUAACUCUGUGUAAACCGGACAAAGUUCCCGGUUCCUCCCGGUGAUGCGGAGUCAAUAUGGGAAACCUGUUCGGGAAGAAGAAACAAAGUCGCGUGACGGAAGAAGACAGGGCGGUGUUGCAACUGAAACAGCAAAGAGAUAAACUGAGACAGUACCAGAAAAGAAUCAACCUGCAGCUGGGGAAGGAGCGACUGCUCGCCAAACAGCUGCUGAGAGAUGGAAAGAAAGAGAAAGCCCUCCUGUUGCUGAAAAAGAAACGUUACCAGGAGCAGCUCCUGGACAAGACGGAGAACCAGAUCGGGAACUUGGAGCGCUUGGUUCAGGACCUGGAGUUUGCUCAGAUCGAACAGAAAGUCAUCGACGGCUUGAAAGUUGGAAACAGCUGUUUGAAGAAAAUGCACGAGGUGAUGUCUAUUGAAGAGGUCGAGCGGAUCAUGGAUGAAACUCAAGACGCCAUCGAGUACCAACGGCAAAUCGACGACAUGCUGGCCGGCUCAUUGUCUCCAGAAGAUGAAGACGCCGUCCUGGCCGAGCUGGAGGCCAUCACUCAGGGCGACGUGGAGCUGCCUGACGCUCCUGAACACGACUUACCUGAAGUCCCCGAGGAUGCCGAGAAGAAACCGGAGAGGGAGCGUUCCAGAAAGAAGCCGGAGCGCGAGCUGCUCGCCGCAUAGGAACUCGUCUGACCUCCGUCGGCUGACCCGUUGGACCCACAUGACCACAAACAUCACCGGAGAACUGUCCCGUCUUCAGCAGCUGGCGUGGGGGCGGGUCACCUGCAGCACGCUCUUUUAAAACAUGAAGACGUGUGACAUCAUUGUGCCUAACCUUUGAUCUCUGACUGUUCGUCCGACUCUCUGAAGACGUUUUCACUGAAUCAUUUCAGGAGGACGCCGUGGAAGUGGCGUGCAGCAUCAGAGACCUCCAUAGGACUCUAUGAUGAGAAUAUGUGUCUUUGUAUCAAUGAAUCUGAAUGUGAAGUAAAGAGAGGAGAAGAACAUCCUGGAGAACAGGAAACAUGCAGCAGCAGGUUGAUUAGAGCACGGAGAUGGUAGAGGUGGCGUGCAGACAGUCUAUGGUCGUGCAGCGAUCACAGGGAGUAAAGGUCACCACCCCCCCCCCCCAGGUGAAUUCUCCUGAUUAUAUCCUGCUGCAUUCUCCUGAAGUGUUAAUAAAGUCCUCUUCUUUAAUGUCAUCGUUUUAAACAUGAUUUGGUUUUUCAUGCUGAAGGCGUCUCUGCGUCAUAACCCCGAGUCUGCAGCGUGACGGCGUGCGUUACGUCCCAUCACACCAACACUCCAUCACGCCAUCACUCAUCGUCUCUGGUUCUUUUGCAAUAAAACUGUUUUUACUGUC